AUGCUUAUUGUGUCUGGUGGCAAAGACCCCGCCCGCUCAGCCCCAGGAAAGCUCAGGCACUUUGCUGCAGGCACAGUGCUCUGUGCCAUCCAGGGACCAGCCGUGUGCUCUCGAGUUACUGGAGCAGCGCAAGCAGCUCCAGUGGUCUCAGCUGUGGAGACAGCUGUUUGCCCACCGUCUGCGAUGGCAGAAAUGUGUGGUCCCAAUUUGGGCCCCGAGUCUGCUGGAGAAAAGAGAAAGGCUGAGAAGAAGCCUACCUUACCUGUGGCUCUGGGUCUGAGGAUGGCCAGGAGAACAGAGAGCAAAGCAGAGCCAAUGCAAGACCUCUGGCCCUGGAAGCCGAAGGGUCUCUCACAGGUCAACGCUGGAUCUACUCCAUCAUCAUCUUCACUAGCACACCCAGUUCGAUUGAGGAGCCUUGACGUGGGAUAUUGAUGGGAUUUUGAGAGAAAAGAGAAAUGGUGAAUCAAGCACUAAUCUCAAAGCUUCUGCACAGAACUACUUACAUGUCACUUCCUCCCAUGACUAUUCCUAAAUUCAGCCAAAAGGGGACACAUAAUCUCUUACGGGGGAGGGCACCACGGGGAGAGAAACCCGAAUAUUUGGUGAAUAGUAACACAAUCUACUUUGUUAUAGAAUCUGUCCUCAAUGGUCUUACAGUCUAAGAGCAUUACAUUUAGUUACAGUAGUCUUAAAUAUGAUACUAAAUGAAUUGAAUAGCCAGACAUCUGUGAAAGUAAAACUGUGAUAAUACAAAGUCAGUGUGCUUUUAAGUUUCAAUUGCUUAAAGUUAUUUGGAAGUAAGGAUCACAUGAGUUCAGAGCCCCAGGAUUCAAAAAUAACUCCAGAAUCUUUUAUCACUCCCCAAAGGAAAAGCAAUAAUAAGUAAGUUACCAGACAUUCAUGUAAUCUCUCUGAAACUGUAAGACUAACAAAGGAAAAUUUUCAAAAGGCAAAAAUACUUUAUUAUUUAUUUGCAAUAGAAAUUAUUCAGCCGGGCGCGGUGGCUCAGGCCUGUAAUCCCAGCACUUUGGGAGGCCGAGGCGAGUGGAUCACCUGAGGUCGGGAGUUCGAGACCAGCCUGACCAACAUGGAGAAACCCCGUCUCUACUAAAAAUACAAAAUUAGCUGGGUGUGGUGGCACACGCCUGCAAGCCCAGCUACUCAGGAGGCUAAGGCAGGAGCGACAGAGUGAGACUCCAUCUCAAAAAAAAAAAAAAAAAAAGAAAGGAAGAAAAGAAAAGAAAGAAAUUUUUCAGUAAAUACAUACAACAGCAUUGAUGGCCUGGAGACAUACCACCUUCCGUUGUGAUCCUGGCAGAUGUGAUAGAUUCUACAAGGUUGGACAGGUUAAAUUCUUGCAAGGAAGUCCUUUCUGGAACACCCAAGAAUUACAGAAAGUUUAGCUCUCUUUCAGAUGAGAUUUCAUUCUCAGUUUUGCUUGUUCCAUGACCCUUCCAAACUACACACGGGAUUCUUUUCAUUCAGUUGCCUUGGCCAACAUUUUAUCUCCAAUAAUCCUAUUUUAUGUAACUGAGUUUGCCUUGCCCUUUACUGCAUUUAGGUAAAUGGAAUGGUGUUUUUUAGACUUCUGAAACUAUUUGUAGACCUUUUCCUUCACAAGUUUGAAAUAAAUGUGAGGCAUUCAUUUUAUUCAGACAACACUGAGCCCAAUUCACUUGGGAAAAUGCAUCUUGAUGGGUAAUUCAUCACCCAGAGCCUGUCCACUAUUCUGUUCCUCCCUGAGAGUAAAUUAGGCACUUUGAAAGGUGCAUUAAACUCUUCCUGGCUACUAGGUACCAUUUAGAACUGUGGGGCAAUAAUUUACUUAAUGGUACCUUGGUGACCUCAAAAAGUUUAUAUUGUUUUGAAAGCUCUUAAUUUUCUCCCACUAAAUAAUUUAUGCAUUCAGAGGUAGGGUGUGCUUAUAAAUAUGUUUCCAGAGAGACAACAGCUAUUGAAUAGCAUAAAUAAGAUAAAAUAGUCAUGCUAGUGUAGAAAUUAAAUGUUCACAAAUGUGUUAUCUAGUCUAUCCAUAGAAUAAAAGUGUAGCUUAUCAAACAAUUAUUGCUUUGGAUUUCAUUUUUUAAAUUUACAAGACUGUGUUACAUUUUGUUGUAAUUAGUAAUGCUUCAUAGCUACAAGGAUUACCAGAUCCAUAUCACUGCAUUUUUCCAUAGCACAAAACACAUUUAUCCAAAGUAAAAAUAGUGUGCUAAACAUACUGAAGUUUCUGACAGACACUUACAUUUCCCUUCAUUCUUUCAUUCACAGCAGAGUUUCAUCCAUACUAAAUAAAUUGGUUAAGUUUUGAUACCUCCCACUUUAAUCACUCAUCUUAUGUACUAAAAUGAAUCAAAUUAAGUUUGAGCCAACAAAUAAAAGUGAUAUGCUUUGA